ACCGGGCAGGCCGGGCUGGAGGCUACGGGCCACGGAGCCGCCACCGCGCAACUGCGCAUCCCCGUGGGCGUGCCGGCGGGUGGCGCUGCCCGGCCCCGCGCAGCGCGAUUGGGCGUGGGGAGGGAGCGAGGGCUGCUCCGGAGCCGGGAGCGUCGCUGCCAGAGAAAGUUUUGGGGAGGGGUGGAUAUAUUUUUUUUUUCCCCGUUGCGAGGAAAGGGGGUUUGGUUUGGGUUUGUUUUGUUUGUGCCGCUCCUCGCCCGCUCGCUCUCUCCGUCUCGCCGUGGGUUUUGGGGGACUGUCUUCUUUUUUUUUCCUUUCUUUUUUUUUUUUUGUUUUCUGGAGGUCGGUUUUCCCCCUUGCCCCUGCAGCAAGUGCUCCGCCAGCCGCCUCUCGCCCAUCCCUCCCCAUGCCCCCGGGGCAGCGGGCAGCUCCUCGGCGCUCACUGGGGAGCUGAUCUGCGAGGGCGGCGCGUCCCGGUCCUCGAGCAGGAUGUACACGGCCGGGCUGGCUCCUUUCUACGCUUCCAACUUCAGCUUGUGGUCAGCGGCGUAUUGCUCGGCUCCGGCAGCCGGCGGCUGCUUCCCUCUGGACGCCGCCGUGGCGAAGAAGCCUUCCUUCUGCAUAGCCGACAUCCUCCACGCCGGCGGCGAACCGGCGGGAGGACCAGCCGACAGCCUGCCGGGAGGUGCUGGCACCGGGAUGCCGGCGGCGGCGCUGGGAGCCGCCGUCCACCACGCCGCUCCCUUCCACGCCGCCGCCUCGCCGCUCCGACCCACGCCCGUCGUGGCCCCCGACGCCCCCGCCGCCUUCCCGCCGCGCCUCUCGCCGCUCUCGGCCGCCUUCCAUUCCCACCACCACCACCCCCCCCGAGCCCCGCAGCACCGGUCCGCGGCGGUGGCAGCGUCGGUAGCUGCGGGUGGAGGAGCAGGAGGCGCCCCGGCCCCCCGCCCGGGCGGCCACACGCACGGCUCGGCGCCCGCGCCCGCCAGCAAGGACCUGAAAUUCGGCAUCGACCGCAUUUUAUCGGCGGAGUUUGACCCCAAAGUCAAGGAAGGCAACACGCUGAGAGAUCUGACCUCCUUACUAACCACCAGCCGCCAAACUGGGGUUCAUCUCCCCAACUUGCAGCCUUCCGCCGGCCAGUUCUUCGCGUCUCUAGACCCCAUUAACGAGGCCUCUGCUAUUCUGGGUCCCUUAAACACAAACCCAAGGAGCUCAGUUCAGCACCAGUUUCAAGACACUUUUCCAGGUCCAUAUGCGGUUUUAACCAAGGACACGCUGCCUCAGACGUACAAGAGGAAACGCUCCUGGUCCAGGGCUGUUUUUUCCAACCUGCAGAGGAAAGGUUUAGAAAAACGGUUCGAAAUCCAGAAAUACGUCACCAAACCAGACAGAAAACAACUGGCGGCGAUGCUGGGGCUAACAGAUGCUCAAGUGAAGGUGUGGUUCCAGAACCGGCGGAUGAAGUGGCGGCAUUCCAAGGAAGCGCAGGCCCAGAAGGACAAGGAGCCGCCGCCGGAGCCAGAACCGGAGCCUCCAGCGCAGCGAGCCGGCGGGCCUCCCGCCGCCACCUCCGGGGAGCCCGAGCGCAGCCCCAGCCAUUCCGAGGGCGACAGCGACAGCAGCGACGCCGAUUCCCUCGACAUGGCCCCCAGCGAUACGGAACGGACUGAGGGCGCAGAUCGAAACCUGCCCGCCCCCGGGCUCGGCAAGUCCUCCGGCAGCCCCAGACUCCCGUCCCCGCUGCCGCCCGCCGCCGCCAGCCCCGAGCCGCGGGGCGCCCUAUAGACGGGGCGGCCCGGCCGUGCCCGCGCCCGGGACAUGCGCGCUUAUUUAUCUCCCUCCAUCCUUCGAGGAGCAGAGGAGCCCCGGGACGGCCGCCUCUCCCUCCACGCUGCCCGCAGGAGAGCGGGGAAUUCUCUGGUGGUCCUUUUUUUCUUCUUUUUUUAAAUGUUAUUUUAUUCUCCGUCUCCCGCCCCUUGCCCUCUCCAGGAAAAUCCGAGCAAAGGACUCCGAGAACGUGCUCUGAAAUCCUCCCCUCCUUUCCCCCUCCACCCCCCCAAUUUACAAUGUGAAGUAUUUUGCCAACGUCCUCAUCAUCGGUUGCAACGUGUUGCUUCGAAUAAUCCGGCCAACAAAUACUGCACUGACAAAAUAUAUAAAUAUAUAUAUAUAUAUCUCCUGUAAAUAAAAUGUUUGCUAUGGUUU